ACAUUUCACAUGUUCAUGUGCCUCCAUCUACAAGGUCAACUUGAAACAACUUGAAAAGGCUUUGCUUUGCUGUGGUUGCGCUGCAGUUGAAUGUUGCUAAAAUGCUAAGAUUGAAGAGUAAACAUUGAAAAAAUGAGUAACAAUGCGCAUCAAAGGAUGCUGCUUCUUCUAGUGGGUCCUACUGAGUUAGCAUGAGUAGAAUAAGAACUUUCAUCAGAAGAUUAUUCAGUCUCUGAUUUUUUUCUUUACUGUGAUCUGAGUUUAAGCUCAGUGAGCUUUCCUUCUUCAAGAGCUAUGUUUUUAGAUUCUUGAUGACUUUGGAGCCAUCACCACAUUCCCUUAACCUCAUCCUUUUCAUCUCCGUCAUCACCAUUGAUCAUCAUCACAAUUGUUAUUAUCUGUGUUAAUGUAUUAUGGCCUCAGGUAAGGCUGGUGUCCAUGUUAUUCAAUUAAAACCUAUUUUGGUUUCGGAGCGACUUCAACAAGGAUGCAAAUUCGUCAAAUGGGAUGAUGACUCAACUAUAGGAACCCAUGUAACUCUUUACAUUGAUUCAAAAGGAUUUUUUCUCUAUUGGAAAGAUGUUUCCAAUGAAAUUGAAUACCUUGAAAUUUCAUCCAUUCGUGAUACUCGGACUGGUCGUUAUGCUCGAGUCCCUAGAGAAGGUCGUCUUCGUGAUUCUUGUAACAUUGGCCUUUCCGAGAUACCGUUAGAUGAGAGGACGUUCACUGUUGUUUAUGGACCCGAUUUUGUAAAUACCUCUUUCAUAAAUUUUGUUGCUCCAAAUCGAGAAGAUGCUGUUGAAUGGACCGACGCGGUUCUCAAAAUGGCCUACAAUCUGUUGGCCCUAAACUCAUCCCCCUUUACCCUUUUAGCAAAAGCUCAUACAAAGAUUCGGUUAAUGGUUGAUCGAGAGGGUCGAAUCCCGGUGAAAAAUUUAAUUAAACUGUUUGCUCAGCACAAAGAUGACAAGAAGCGCGUUGAAAAGGCAUUAGAUUUCACUAACAUUCCAACUGGCAAGUCAAGUUCCUUUGAUCCGGAUAAGUUUCCUCUUGAGACAUUCUUACAAUUUUAUAAACAUCUUGUUGUACGAAGUGAAGUUGACAAAAUUUUUGACCGACUUAUUUCUGCCGGUGAAGCAAGUAAAAACGCAAACGAUCAUCCAAGGUUGAUGACUGUUGAUCAAUUCGUCGAUUUUUUAAAUAAGGAGCAAAGAGAUCCUCGAUUGAAUGAAAUACUUUACCCAUAUGCUGAUCGAGCCAAGGGAAUAGAGUUAAUAUCUCAAUAUGAACCCAGUAAAGCCAAUAUUGAGAAAGACUGUAUUUCAGCUGAUGGUUUCCUUCGUUAUUUGAUGAGUGAUGACAAUGCCAUUGUUGCGCCAGAAAAGUUUGACCAUAACCUGGAUAUGAAUCAGCCACUCAACCAUUAUUUCAUUAAUUCAUCUCAUAAUACAUAUCUGACUGGUCAUCAGUUGACUGGAAAAUCUUCGGUUGAAAUAUAUCGUCAAUGUUUAUUAGCAGGUUGCCGGUGUAUUGAGUUAGACUGUUGGAAUGGACGCAACUCCGAUGAAGAGCCCAUCAUAACUCAUGGUUAUACCGUUGUUUCUGAUGUUCCCUGUAAAGAUGUACUUGAAGCCAUUGCCGAGACAGCAUUUAAAACUUCUGUUUACCCUGUAAUUCUUUCAUUUGAAAACCACUGUUCGACCCGUCAACAAGCCAAAAUAGCACAAUAUUGUCGUAAAAUUUUUGGUGAAACGCUUUUAACUGAACCCCUUCCCAACUAUCCGCUCAAACCUGGAGUUAGCCUUCCCUCUCCAAAUGCAUUAAUGAGAAAGAUUUUGAUUAAAAAUAAGAAGAAACACUCGAAAAAGAGGAAACACAAGCGAGGUUCCAAUAUAACUACAGGCACUUCAACCACGUCCAAUGUUGCUUUAAGUUCCGGUGAUGUUCUUAGUAGUGUUAGUGGACCCACAACCCGAGCCGAUGUAACAUCAACAGUAUCUUCAAGUGACACCCUAGCCACAAUAACUUCAGGUCUUCCACUUUCCACACCGGAACGACGUUUAACGCUUCAACCAAACAACAGUGAUGAAUCAAGUACACUUGAACGUGAAGAUUCCUCCCAAAUAGCUGAUUAUGACGAUUGCCUUACUGGUCAAACCGGAGGAGUCUCAGGCUCAGGGACCAGUCAACAAGGGACAGUAACCAAUAACAAUAAAAGGAUUCCAGCAAGUUGUGAUAUAGAGAAUGAUAAUGAUUCCGAUUCUAGUCUGGACGAUGAAGAUGCAGGUCCACCAAGUGAAGCAGGCGGAGGUACCUCUGGAGGUUCAAUUGGUGAACAAAUAGACGGUGAUGUCGUCAAGGAAGCUGAAGCAUGUGAUGAUAUGUCCGCUAUCGUUAACUAUAUCCAACCAGUUAAUUUUGUUUCAUUUGAACAUUCAGAAAAACGCAAUAGAAGCUAUGAAAUAUCUUCAUUCGUUGAAGCAACAGCAACAAACUAUUUAAAAGAAAGACCAGUAGAUUUCGUCAACCUAAACAAAGUUCAGUUAAGCCGAAUCUAUCCGAAAGGAACUCGAGUAGAUUCAAGUAACUAUAUGCCUCAAGUCUUUUGGAAUGCUGGUUGUCAAAUGGUUGCCCUUAAUUUUCAAACUUUAGAUCUCGGGAUGCAAUUAAAUCUAGGAAUUUUUGAAUAUAAUGGAAGAAGUGGUUACCUUUUAAAACCUGAUUUCAUGAAUCGUUUAGAUAAGAAAUUUGAUCCUUUCACCGAAUCAACUGUUGAUGGGAUAAUUGCGGGAACAGUUUCGGUUAAGAUUAUUUCAGGUAUCUUUCUUAGUGAUAAAAGAACGGGAACCUUCGUAGAAGUGGAUAUGUUUGGGUUACCCGCGGACACGGUUCGCCGAAAAAGAACCAAAACCGUGCCUAACAAUGGAAUUAAUCCAAUCUAUGACGAUGAGCCUUUUAUAUUUAAGAAAAUUGUUCUUCCUGAUUUAGCCUGUCUUCGGGUUUCUGCCUAUGAAGAAGGUGGUAAACUAAUUGGUCACAGAAUUCUUCCUGUUGUCGGACUUAGACCCGGUUACCGUCACAUAGCCUUACGCAAUGAGUCUGGCCAAUCAUUAACUCUUCCUACUCUUUUUGUCCAUAUAACUGUUAAAGAUUAUGUUCCUGAUGGUUUGUCCGAAUUGGCUGAUGCACUGGCUAACCCAAUAGCUUACCAAUCAAUGGCUCAUAAACGAGCCAAACAACUGUUAGCCUUGACAGAUGAGAAAGAAGAAGAUAGCGUUGACGGUGUUUCAGGGACAGGACCAAGUUCAGGCUCUGGACUCACUAAUGCAGCUACAACUUCUGCCAAAGUGGUGGUUACCGGUGAUUCUAGUGAACGAAAGAGUAAUGUAACAGAUGAUGGUAGACGCACAUCGACCGGGAUAUUUGGUUCAUCAUCUUCUAAACAUGAAUCCAUGAAUGGAACCGUUUCUGCCACACCUGGUCGCAAUGCUACAACCUCAUCCUCUGUAGCUCAUUCAAGUCAAAUAGUCUCCUCAUCACCAGCUCAUCCUUCAUCAGUGCCUCCAUUGAUCCGUCAAGAUACCAUUUCAUUAAGGAAAAACCAAUCAGUUCGCAGUUUGUCAGACGAAGCAGCGUCUGAGAAAAUGGUUUAUCUGUUGGAAAUUGAGGCAGAAAACUUUGAACCCGAGUCACUUGAAGCUCUUAAACAGCAUAAAGAUGUUGUCAAAGUAACACGUAAACUGGAAGAAGAGUUAGCAUCAUUACGGAAGAAGUUUGAAAAAACGAAAGCAAAAGAAGUGGAUGUUACCCAGAAAAAGGAGGAUAAAAUAAUGGGCUCACAAAGUAAACAACGAUAUGUUUUAGGGAAAAAAUUAUCUCGAAAACCUUCAACGGAUGCAAGAAGUAUGAUGAAACGUUUAAGUGAAGUUGACCUGCAGCAAACAAGCUCUGAAAAAGCAGAGAAACUGGAAGAAUUACAUCGGACUCUGUCUGAAUCCAUGGUGAAAAUUAUCCUGGAACAGUAUCAAAUUGAAAAAAAUCUUCUUGACAAGUAUCAUGAAAAGUAUUAUGCAGCCCUGGAAGUAGCUAUGCAAACAUCUCAAUCCAACCAGGAACAAGAAUUACAAAAGUUACACAGUCGCGAUGUAAACAGUUUACAGCGACGAAUUGAUGCUCAGAUCAAGGAAGUAAUAAACAGUUCUGGUAAAAAGUUCAAGGAUAAAAAUGAAGCCAACCGAGUUAGACGGGAACAGCAAUCACGUCUUGUUGAUCAAGCAGUUAUUGAAAGGCAACGUCUUGAUAGUAUUUUGAAAAAGCGUAAAGCUGAAUUGGCCACUAGACAUAAAUUAAUUCAGAAGGAAUUGACAGAGGAUAAGUUGAAAGCAAAAGAAAACCUUGAUCAUGAAUAUCAAGCCAAGUGUGACGCUUUACAGGAAGAGUUUAGAUCGAAUACAAAUUUAUUUAUGGAAAAUUGGACUUUAAAAAAGUGAAUGAAAAGCCAUUAAAUUAACGCAUAAAACUACGUGUACGCAACAAAAGAGAAACAGUUUUAAACAUAAUUGAAUUCGCACACAUUGAAACAGGGAAAAGUGUUCGCAACUUAAACCCGUCAGCAACAAGCAACCAUCAUCAGAGACACAAUCCAUAAUGUACGAUAAAAUUUAAUCAUGUCAAAGGAAAAUGAUUAUCUCAUAAUAUGAACUGAUUUUUAAUCUUUUAACUCAUUCACUUGAUUGUUUUUGUCAUGUAAUAAUGAUGAUGAAGGAUACAGUCAAAAAGUCUUGUCUAUUUGUUAUCAUUGAGCAUUUACACAAAAAACAAAACUGCAAGAAAAAAAAUCGAGAUGAAUGAAAAAGUAAAGGCAACUCAAAUGCGCAAUUAAUUUUUGUUAGCAACAAAAAUAACCAAUCAACCAACUAAUCAGUUACAUCAAGAAUUGUCUUGAUGAUGUUGAAUACACAAAAAAGUCAUAAUUGAUUUAAUUUAUAGCUUUGUUUUUUUGUAAUCCAAGUUUUCCUUCGCCCUUUUAACUCUUCCUUAAAGAUGACAAAAAGAAUGUUGAUUUUUUAGUUCGUUUUUCGAUGAUUCUAUUAAUAAUAGAUGUCAAUUAAGUUGAUGCAAGCAAUUAGCUCCUUUCAAUUCAUCUGGUAACAAAAGAUGAAACAUAAUGUUGAUCUCUUAAUCCCCAAUAAUCUUUCAAUCAUUGCUCUCUUUCCCUCUCCUUCCUUUACUAUUGUGAUCAUUAAUUAAAAAGGUGUUAAAUCCCUAAUUUCAACUAUUUUGUGCUCACUACUACGUAAUUGUUAAAUAUAUCCUAUUAUACCUUUAAAUCUGAUCCUAAUAAGAAAAAAAAGA